UCGAAACCAGACUAUACGCACAUGCCAGCGCGAGAUACGUGAUAAGGAGUGGGAUUGUAGUUAGUGAUAAAAUCAUGGCAGAAACAGGGGUGAGAAAGAAGGUAUCAGACCUUCUUGUCAAAGACCUGAAAGCAGAACUAGAAAAGAGGGGCUUGGACCAAAAAGGGGUCAAAGCUGUCCUGUUAGAAAGGCUGCAAGGGGCAUUGAGGGAGAAGGGUGAGGACCCUGACACAAUACUCUUAGAAGCAACUUCAUCAGCAAGACUUCCUAAAACCACUGAGCAAGAUCAGAAAGAGGAGGAUGCCAACGAAGAUGACGAGGUCACAGUGGAAGAUGAAGAUGAUGAAGAUGUUGUCAUGGAACUUAUUGAGGAUUCUGACGAAGAAAAUCUGGAGGAGGAAGACAUUUACGGUGAUUUGGAGGUGGCGGACGUGGGCCAGGAGGAGCAAGAAAUGGAAGAAGAAGACGCAGAGGAAGCGGAAGAAGGAGAUGAGGAGAUGAACAUCUCCCUGGAGCUGACUGCGCAAGAGGAAGAGGAGGAGGAUCAGGAAGGAGAUGUUGAAGAUGACGUCAUCGAAGAUGAUCUUGAGGGUGAAGAGGAGGAAGGUGCCGAAGAAGUAGCUGAGGGUGCUGAAGAAGAGGGAGACGAAUCCGGUGCUGCCACCGAUCCCACUUCUGACACCAAAGAAGAAGAUGAAUCCGUGGAAGAGCCCGUUGAAGACACUGAGGAGAUGGAACCCGAAGAACCCAGCCCGCCGGGAGAGUCCGCGAAAUCCCAGGCAGAAAAGUCCGAUUCUGCCUCACAGGAUAGUGGCACAAAGGCUGACAAACCCAUUGUGGGGAAUUCUGGGAACAUUGCCAAGGAGACAAAAUCCAAACCUGAUGCUGGAGAUGCUGGAAAAGGUGUCUCUGGUAAUACACCCUCAAACAAAGACUCUACUUCAGAGAAGAAAGCAACAUCCACCACAGGAACCAGUGUCCCUUCCAGCAAAAGCCCAUCUGGAACUGGCAAGGAACCACCUAAAGAUGACAAAGAUGCAAAAGCUGAAAAGUGCAACAUUUGGGUGAGUGGCCUAUCAAAGGAAACUAGAGCAACAGACCUGAAGACAGCAUUCAGCAAGUAUGGCAAGGUGAUUGGAGCCAAGAUCAUCUGGAAUGCCAAACUUCCCGGCCACCAUUGCUACGGAUUCCUCUCCAUGGCUUCCCAGGCGGAGGCGUCCAAAGCCAUUGACCGACUGCACCGUAGCAAACUGCACGGCCGCACCAUCGACGUGACCUGGGCUCGUAACCAAACAGCUGGAUCCGUGGCUCAGAAGUCCUCUGUGACGUCUACCUCUGCUGAGGCCCCAAAGAAAGAUGACAAGGAGAAUGUGGAUGCCAAGAAGCCUGCUGCCAAAUCUGCUGUCAAGGAGGAUAAAAAGGAUGAGAAGCCUCCAUCCACCCCCGAGAAGAAAGAUGACAAGGGUGCACCUGUAAAGAAGGAUGGUCCAGUGAAAAAGGAGCUUGAUAAGAAAGAUGACAAGAAGCCGUCACCAGGACACAGGAGCAGUGUUGAGGGAAAGAGUGAUAAAAUAGCAUCCAACGGCUCUGAUGCAACAAAAAAGGGAGAAUCUCUACCACCAGGAGGCGAUUCCUCCAGGCGUUCAAGCACACAUUCCGACAAGGACAGGAAAGAAAAGGUCCUUUCACUGGACAAGGCGAGAGAGCAGCAACGCAUCGAGUACAACAAGAAGCGAGAGAGGGAAGAGAGAGAGGCAGAGCGUCGUCGGGACAGAGAGAGGGAGGAGCGGAUCCGCAGGGAGCGGGACGACGUACAGCGGCGCCACCGGGAGGAAAUCCGGAAGCUACGCAAGGAGAGGGAGCUGCUGGAGCAGGAGCAGGCCAAGCUGGAAAAGGAGCGAGCUGAGCGGCAACGCAUUGAAAAGGAGCGGUUGAAGAUGGUCCAUGACCGGGAGAAGUACCAGCGGGAGAUGCAGGAGUUCCGCAAGAUGGAGAUUCAGCUGAAGAUUGACCAGGAGCGUUUGGCCAAGCUCAAGCACACCUUGGAGACCCAGACAUUGGCUACCCAGCAGGCCUUGGCCAACCAGCAGGCGGCAGCACAGCAGGCAGCGCAGCAGGCAGCCCAGCAGGCAGCCCAGCAGGCAGCCCAACAGGCAGCCCAACAGGCAGCCCAGCAAGCCCUGGAUCCCUACGCCAGUGACCGCAAACGUCGAGCUAUGAUGCAAGAGGGCAUGAGUGGGAAUUUCAACAACACAACGCCCUCUGACACGCGGCUGGUGGUGGCCAUCGGGGAGCGCCACGUGGAGAAGUACGAUCAGCGAGACAUGCGACAGGGCCAGGGAGGAACACCUGUCCAGCACAAUAUCGACCAAGGACAGUUUGGCAGUCAGCAGCAAUCCGGAUUUGGUGGCACCAGUGGAAUGCGUGACUCCAAUUCUUCAAGCCGCUUCAGGGAUGAUUCUAGCCAGCGUAGAGAUGACAGGUCACGCUCAGACAUUGACAGAAGAUACGAAUCAGGGAGACGCAGCAACGACAGGCAAGAUGACUCCCGCCGGAGAUCGGCCAACCGAGACAGUGAUGCCUCAAGGACUGAUGGAUCAAGAAAGAGAGGGGACAGCUACAGGAGAGAUGAAGGAUACAGAGGCAUGGAGGAUCCAGUCAGGAGGCUCGAUUCCAGGAGGGAUUCAAGGGAUCAUCAAGACCGAGAUGAGCGAAGGGUGGUGUCCAACCAGCAGAACACCAGAUACCAGGGGUCAGGUAGCGGAAGGGGAGGAGACAGUUCCUACAGCAGAGGAGACUCACAGAGAGAUGGCCGAGAUUAUAGAGAUGAACGGGAUAAGGUGAGAGAUGGAACAUCAACACGGAUGUCUUCCCACAGCGGGGGCAACAACUCCCGAGACAGCUGGAAGGGAAACCGCGAUGGAGGCAACAUGGGCUCGGGCAGUGACUGGAAGUCAAACGCUGCCGGGGGAAGUCAAAACCUGGACCGCUCCUCCGUGUCCGGUGGAUUCGGCACCUACCAACAACAGCAGAAGCAAGAUUUCCCCAUGCAGACGUCGUCCAUGCAAAAUAUGAGUGCUAGGAUGGGUGGGAAUACCUCUCUCCUCGGCCGAGGUGACCUGAUGAUGAACCAGCAAGAGCCUCAGCAGCAGAUCCGAGGCAGUAUCCUGGGCGAGCCGCCAAGUCAAGAGUCGGCCAGCUGGCCUCCUAGCGGACUGGAUUCCUCCAUCAAUCGAGGGGGGUCUGGUUCCUUGGGCAUGCAGGGCACUUCCCAUACACCCAACAUGAUGAACCAGAGCCAGCCCAUGGGUUCGAUAAUGAGCAGCCAGAACACCAUGGGCGGUGGUCAGUUUAUGGGCGGAACAGGUGGUGGGACGGGUGGAGGCAUGAGCGGGGGCAUGGGCGGUGGCAUGGGGAGUGGUACGGGCGUCGGCCUCGGGGGUAACAUGAGCAGCGGGGGCAUGAUGAGUGGUGUUGGAGGAGGCUUGUCAGGGAACAUGGGCAUGAUGUCCCAGGGCUCCAUGGGGGGUGGUGCUUUCAUGGGAGGCAGUCAGAUGUCGAUGGGUUCAGCAGGGGUCAAUGUUGGCCUGGAUCGACUGCAGCAGAUGCAGACAGACAACAGGUUUGGUACUAUGCGCCGCUUCUAAGAUGACAAUUUCAAAAACUGCAUAAACGCUACAUUGCCCUAUUAAGAAGAAAAAUAUCAUGCACAAAAAUAGAUGUGAAGAGAUUGCAGCCUGAGUGAUUGUUAUCGCUGUCGUCUCUCCUAUGCCCAUCUUGUAUGUGAUGAAAAAAAUGGCGUGAAUAGAUGAUAAUAACUACAAUAAAAUCGUUAUUCUUUAUUAAUAAAUAUGAUUCUAUUUUAGCACAUAACACAUUCCUCACAGCGGAACAGGCUUUAGAUCAGCCCUUUCUCCUUCAAAGGUAAUUGAGUAAGCAAGACGGGUGUACCAUUGUUGUAGUCAAGUCCAGAAGUCUAGUCACAAGUCCUUUCAGAAGACCUGUCAUAAAGGAGAAUCGAGUUGGACCAAGAGAGGGCACAAGACUAGUGCAAGUUUCUCAGCAAAGGAGGCUCCUUUGGUCGGAACUGAACUAUGCGUUACCGUCUCAUCAUUAACAAAUUGAAGACUCCUGACCAAUGUGGCUCUUUUCAACCGGUAAGGGGAGCUGCUGCUCGAGGUGGAUAAUAGUCAGUGAUUUCAAAGGCACGUUUUUGUCACAGUUUAUUUGAAUGGCUUGCGUCUUGGCUUAAGACAGGUUGAUUUGUCAUGGUCUCAACUACAACACUGUUUUACUGUAAAUUUUAAAGAGAAAUUUCUCUGAUGCUGAAUUUUGAUAACUUUUUUCGCUAUGAAUUCCAAAUUUACUGCUUGGGUCUCCAUUUGGAUUCUAUGUCUUCUUCAUCCAUGUUGUGUUUUUUCAGAUUUGCAUUAGGAAAAAUGAAGCUGAAGCACUAUAUUUGAGUUGACCUUAUUUGCGGGGGACCCAAUUUCAGUCAGAUUCCCCAACAUAGUGUGUUUAUUUAAAAACAUUAAAUUUAAAGAACCAGACUCUGUUCUACGAUUUCAUUCCAAUGCCCCAAAUCACCUGGUACCAUCCCAUUAAGGGUUUCAAAUGUGUAAAAUACAUUCAGGAAUACAACUGAAAUUGGGUACCCUGCGAAUAUGGUCUAUUGGUUUUUGAUUGGGAAAAAUGGGACUAUACGUAUGGAAAGUCUCCAAGCUGUAAUUGUUUUCUUUGAAGUGCAUUAUGGUGAAAAAGAAUUUUAACAGUCGUGGUGCAGCUUAUUUUACCAUUUAGUGUUGUAACAGUGACACUGUGCAUGUUUCAUUUACAGGAUGGCAUCAGCUUUGGCAGCCAUUUGCAAUGUAUUUAAUGUUUUUCCAUUUGCUGUGUUUUGCACUUGCUUGCUGAACAAACCGGGGCAACAGGGCCGUACUGGGGCAAACGCUUUGAAGAAAAGUUGAAAUAAAAGUAGAAGAUGUAGACAAGUAGACUUGACAGUAGUAUUAAAAAGGAAUUUGGCUGUUGUCAUUUUCAGUUGCCAAUUUUGCAUUAGGUUAACUUUCAUCUAGUCCUGCUUGAAAAACUUUUCUGUGCAGGAUGGUAUUUGGAAACUAAAUAAAUGCUUCCCAUUAGCUGGUGUGCACAUGCUAUCUGCUGCUAUAAACAUGCCGUGUAAACAAGCUGCUAUGUAUUAGAAUGGAUACAGUCGCGACACCCAUUUUGUCCUGGAGUGUGUGAAGCAAUAGUUUGAAACAAAAAGGGAAGAAAUUGAAAGAGCCAUGAUCAGUCAUCAGUUUGAGAGUGCCGUCCAUCUCUGUGGAAGAAUCAGUCUAUCUUUUUGAAUAGGUUAAUAGGAUCAUCUUCAACCAAAUUUUGCCUCGACUGACGUAGUACUGCACUGAAUAGAAGUUGUAGCUUACCAUUCACUUGUACUGCAGUAUAUUCUAACUACAUGUAAUCACUGAACCUUAGUUUUCACAUAAUCUUUGCCGAUACAGGCCUGAUAAAAAGUUGCAACUUGUAUUGCCAUAAGCUUAACACAUUUGUAUUGGCUACCUUAUUGAAUUAAGAGACUGAAUAUACUUGACUUUGCUUAGUCUGGUGCACUAUGUAUUGAUAUAUUUGGACGUAUCCGUCAUAAAAUUUUUGCCUGUAAUUGCCACAUCAUUGGACUUCAAAUAAAGAGGUUUGAUUUACCGUCUAUUAGUACUACUUUUCUUUCUUUUUUUAUUUCAGAAAUCAUGGGUAAUUGCACUUUCAAUUUCUGGUGUAUUCUAUUGUUAAUUGCAUUUUUGUAACAACUGUUUUGCUUGAGACAUAGCUUGAGAAUUAAACUUGCCCAAAAGAAUUCA